CGUUGCGCUAGAGGUAAUUUUAUUGAAUAUUUUUUUAUAGAAGUUGUCGCAUAUAGUUACCUAAAAUGUGUGACUAAUCCUUGUAAUAGGUAACAUAAAACCCUUUCACCCGUACGAUUCAUCAUAUCCAUCUUGCAAACGAUGUUCCUGACCCGAUCGGAGUAUGACCGUGGAGUCAAUACGUUCAGCCCUGAAGGACGGCUGUUCCAAGUGGAGUAUGCUAUCGAAGCUAUUAAGUUAGGGUCGACAGCUAUAGGCAUCUGCACGUCUGAAGGCGUCGUUUUGGCCGUGGAGAAGAGGAUCACUUCUCCACUGAUGGAACCGACAACGAUUGAAAAGAUCGUGGAGGUGGACCGCCACAUCGCCUGCGCUGUCUCUGGCCUGAUGGCAGAUUCUAGGACUUUAGUAGAGCGUGCUCGUGUGGAAUGUCAAAACCAUUGGUUUGUGUACAAUGAGCGUAUGAGUGUAGAGUCGUGUGCACAGGCUGUGUCCAACCUGGCUAUUCAGUUUGGUGACAGUGAUGACGACAGCGGCACUGCCAUGUCUCGUCCAUUUGGUGUUGCUGUUAUGUUUGCUGGUAUUGACGAGAAAGGCCCUCAGCUGUUCCACAUGGACCCCAGCGGUACAUUUGUGCAGUAUGAUGCUAAGGCCAUCGGCUCUGGUAGCGAAGGAGCUCAGCAGAGUUUGAAGGAAGUAUACCAUAAAUCCAUGAAUCUUAAGGAGGCAAUCAAAUCAGCACUGACGAUCCUGAAACAAGUGAUGGAGGAGAAAUUGUCGGAGAAUAAUGUGGAGGUUGUCACCAUGACACCUGGGUCCAUGUUCCAUAUGUUCACACGGGAACAACUCGCUGAGGUCAUUAAGGAUAUACCUUAAACUUGUAGAGUAUCCUGAAAUACUACAGUAAGCGUGAGGUACAGUAAUGUCAUUGAAUUAGGGUAGGAUUUUGCAAAGCGGAGUGGAGACAUGAUGAAUAGACCAAUCACUGCAUGUGAGAGAGAGAAGACGCUCUGUCGAUCCCUCCCUCAAAGUUAUAGUUGAUUCCUGCCCGUAUCCGAAUCAGUGAGAAACCAUCCUCAGGUCAUAAGCAGCCUGUUAGUACUAAUACUUACUUGUGUAUUCACUCACAUCCAUAGUACAGUUAGGUUAUUUAGUCCAAUACAAUUCGUAAUUCGCGAGCGACUGGCGAUACUCCCAUCGCAGUAUGUAUCCAUGACAAAUUUGGUAAUUCCAAUUUUGAAAGCGUAAGCCCCUUUUUGUUCCGACAUAGUCCGAUUAUUUUACGAAAAUAGGGUUGUAUUAGUCAUGUUAGAGUCCACCAUCGAAGCUCAACUACGUAAUGCUGUAGCAGUCGCCAUUGCCGAACGCGGCAAGGAAGACAUUAUUAUUAUGGAGUACUUUUUGUUUAUGCAUUUAUUCGCGCUUAGAAUUGCACGUCCUUUAUCACAUAAUAUAAACAUACUCUGGUAUAUUGGAACUGAAAAGGGCCGCUUUUUUGAAAACUCGAUUUUCUGGCUGCAUUUAAAAAGUCGAAAAUUAUUUAUUCUUUGGCAUUACUGUACUUCAUUGCUGUAACGGUUAAGUAAGAGUAUCUUAGAGUAAUAUUUGAAGUAAAUUGUAGUUUCUUCCCAUAGCAAAAGAUUGUUUAUUACAGUUUUAUGAAUUUCUAUUAUGUAUGUGUUUAAGUACAUUAGAAAAGAACGAAUUCUGGUUAAGUUAUAUUUAUUAUAUAUAAGUAUAUUUUACUAUACUGUUCAUUAAACAUGUAUUUUAGUUAUAAGAAGUACAAUUUAUUUGAAAUAUUGCCAUGGUGUGGGAGUAUCGAGUUUUUGAGAAUCUGAGGUGAGUAUUUUAUUUGUAAUAAAAUCAUUACUACUA